GACUUUUCUACCGUUCUUAUUUGCGAAGGAGCAGGGAUGGAUGGUGGCACGGGCAGCCGGUUCAGCGUCCGGCAGGUAAUGGAAAGUCGACGAAGGAGUAGCUUCAUGGCUGACGUGCCCGAAAACGGGGUCCUCGAGACCAGCAUGUCGGCAGACCCGGAGCAGCCCACGCCGGCCCAGAUGGGACCCCGUCGGUCCCUAGUGCACAUGACGCGCGAGGCCCUGCCUCGGAUGGCCAACUACAGGAACCUGCGCUCGUUUCGCGCGGCGCAGAGACCAACCCUCGGAGAGCUACACGAGGGUGUCAAGGAGGCAAAGGAGGAGGAUACUGGAGUGGUCCAGGGUGGAGGAGGGCAUCACUUUAAACUGGGAUGGAUUCAGGGAGUGCUGAUCCCCGUCCUGCUAAACAUUUGGGGCGUCAUGCUCUUCCUGCGACUCUCCUGGGUUGUCGCCCAAGCCGGAAUUAUCAUGUCCCUGGUGAUCAUUGGAAUCUCAGCUGCAGUGUGUGUGAUCACGACGCUCUCCCUCUCCGCUAUAAGCACGAACGGAGAAGUGAAAGGAGGAGGAAUUUACUACAUGAUAUCACGCUGUCUCGGCCCCGAAUUCGGCGCUUCCGUCGGCAUCGUCUUUGCUUUCGCCAAUGCAGUGGCGGCUUCAAUGAACACGAUCGGAUUCUGCGACUCGCUGAACGAUUUGCUCAAAUCACACGACCUGAAAAUCAUUGACGGCGGCAUCAACGAUGUGCGAAUCAUCGGUAUGGUCGCUCUGGUCAUUAUGAUUAUCAUCUGCGCCGUUGGCAUGGACUGGGAAGUGAAGGCUCAAAAUGUGCUGGUUGUCAUUAUAUCUGGCGCGAUUGUUGACUUCAUUGUUGGAACUCUGCGUGGUCCCGAAAGUGACGAAGAGGUUGCGAAAGGGUUCCCGGGAUUAAGCGUGGAUCUCUUUACCAAAAAUUUAGGCACCGAUUAUCGCUUCAGCGAGGGCGUCAACCAGGAUUUCUUUUCCGUGUUCGCUAUUUACUUCCCCUCGGUCACCGGUAUUCAAGCAGGAGCAAACAUCUCUGGCGACCUCAAGGACCCAGCCUCAGCCAUUCCGAAAGGAACGCUUCUCGCCGUGGCAAUUUCCAUGUUUUCCUAUGGCCUUUUCGUCCUGCUGGCCGGGGGUGGCGCCAUGAGGGAUGCGAGUGGCGUGAUUGGCGACAUUGCGAAUGGCACCGUAGCCGACUGCAUGGGGAGGCACUGCAAUUACGGUUUACAAAAUAGCUAUUCGGUGAUGCAACUCAUGUCCGUUUGGGGGCCCUUCAUUUACGCCGGCUGCUUUGCCGCGACCUUGUCCACGGCCCUGACCAACCUCCUGUCCGUCCCAAGACUCGUCAGGGCCCUUGGAUACGAUAAAAUUUACCCAGGGUUUAUAUUCUUCUCCAAAGGGUACACCAAAAAAGACGAGCCGUUCAGAGGGUACGUGCUGACCUUUUUCAUUUCGGGCGCUUUCUUGCUUAUUGCCGAACUGAACGUCAUUGCACCUUUGAUUUCGAAUUUUUACCUGGCGUCCUACGCCUUGAUCAACUUUUGCACCUUCCACGCCGCGUUUGUCAAACCGAUUGGCUGGCGUCCAACUUUCAGGUUCUACAACAAAUGGCUGAGUUUACUCGGAUUCGUGGCUUGUGUGUCUAUCAUGUUUCUCAUCAGCUGGGUUACGUCCUUGAUAACCUACGUCAUUAUUCUCGCUCUGUACCUGAUUGUGGUCUACCGGAAACCAGACGUGAACUGGGGCUCUUCGACGGAGGCCCAAACUUACAGCACCACUCUCAACUCGGUCUACCUCUUGGACCAGACGAAUGAACACGUGAAAAAUUACAGACCGCAAAUCUUGCUGCUCUCUGGUAACCCCACAUCCAGGCCCGCCAUCAUGCAGCUAGCGUCGCAGAUCACCAAAAAUCAUUCGCUUCUGGUCUGCGGAAAAAUAAGCGAGCAAGAGUUGAAUUAUUCUCAGAGGUCGGGUUGCAUCAAAGAGGCGCAGAAAUUCCUUCAAGCAAAUAAGAUUCGAGCCUUUUUCAAACUCGUCGACGGACUGAAAUUCGAGCAAGGAGUCAGAGGAUUAUUGCAAGCAGCUGGAUUCGGGAAAUUGAGGCCGAAUUUGCUGCUCUUAGGGUUCAAAAACGAGUGGCUACUCGCGCCCAAUAAGGAACUGCACGAAUAUUUCACCGUUUUGCACGAGGCGUUUGAUUUUCGCAUGGGACUGGCGAUUUUGCGUGUUCGCGGAGGCUUAGACUACAGCAAAUUCACCGAAAGUGGUGAGGCAGCAAGUAAUUCUCAUCUCGAAGCUAAGGUGAAAAGUUUGGCAAGAGUUGCGUCUGACACCUUCAUUAAUUUAUCUGGUGUCGAGCCUGGAGUUCAAGCGCAGCCCAACUAUGUGACCGACUCUACUAAAGCAGUUGAGAGGACGCCGCAGGAGAUUUUGAGCAAAAAGAAGAAAAAGGCGAGCACACCAGAAAGGAAUUUGUUCAGUUCGGCACAAGGCAAUCCGCUAUCACACGACAUAAUGCAACGCGUGGCAAUUUUCGACUCACCGCCGAGAAAUAGAACCAUCGACGUGUGGUGGCUGUACGAUGACGGCGGAUUGACGCUGCUUUUGCCAUACAUCCUCACCACCAGAGCAAAUUGGUCUGGUUGCAGGCUGCGGAUUUUCGCUCUCGUCAAUAAAAAGGAUGAGUUUGAAGUGGAAGAGAGAAACAUGGCGAGUUUGCUGUCCAAAUUUAGAAUCGAUUACUCCAGCCUGACAAUGAUCAAUAACAUUAGCGAUCGGCCGCAUCCGUCCACAGUUAUGCAAUUUGAUGAGAUCAUCAAGCCUUUCAGAGAGAGACCAGGAGCAGCAGACGAGGACGUGAUCAAAGCGUCGGAGCUGGUUUCCCUCCAGUACAAAACAGAGAGGCAACUCCGCCUCAGAGAGCUCCUCUUGCAGCAUUCGAAAGACGCAAAUUUGAUCGUUAUGACAAUGCCAAUGCCGAGGAAAGGAGUAGUGUCGGCGCCGCUCUACAUGUCGUGGCUCGAGAUUUUGACCAGAGACAUGCCGCCCUUCCUGCUGGUCAGAGGAAAUCAAACGUCCGUUUUGAGCUUCUAUGCCUAAUUCAAUAUUAACGUACCUCUAGAAUAUAUGUAAUGGAGCUUUUGGAUUGCAAAAUAAAAUAUUCUUCGUCGAAAAAAAAA